GCCACGAGAAAUUCUACUAUUUCCUUACCAACCCUCGCGUUCAGUAAAGCUUGGAGACCGUGUGACAUUGAACUGCACUAAUAGGUCAAGCAGAGGUGCAACCUACGAAUGGUAUCAGAAUGAGUUAAACAUUGCGCUUAUGAACGACCCAAGGAUGAUAAGAGAAAAUAAUACGUUGAAAAUACUGAAGACAAAAUUAUAUCAUACUGGAGUCUAUCAAUGUAUUGAAACAAGAAAGGGACGAGAAAUUCAAAAGCAAAAUCGAUACGUCCUACUAAACGUUGAAGGCAAGUGCAAUAAAGCCUCAAUAACCAUCAAACCCUACCGGGGAAAAAAGUAUCCCGUAGGAAUAAACCUCACGUUGGAUUGUGAGUGUAAAAGUUCUGCCACAAAGAGGAUAAGAUGGUUGAGGAACGGUGUUAAAGUCAACCCAAAAAAGAAAAUGAUAACUUUGGACGGCAAAAGAUUGAUCCUCAACAAUGCAACGUAUGCUGAUAGUGGCAAUUACACUUGUAAGGUGACAGUGGACGGGUCCCAUGCGUCCUGGUCAAGAACACUCGAGUUCUGGGUGGGAACUGCACCAAAGAUCAUUUUUCAUAAAGGUGGAUAUAUGCAGCUUGCACCUAAAGGACAGAAGUUAAAGUUUCCUUGCCGAGCAACAGGAAUCCCCCGUCCAAAAAUAACAUGGUACUACAUGGGCGACAAAUAUGGUCCACGAGUUUUGAGAGCGAAAAAUGACAGCGAUUUCAGGGUCUAUGGCGACGGGUCCUUGGAAAUGAUGAAUUACACUGCAGAAAUGGCGUUUGAAUUCGUGUGUAUGGCUAGAAAUGUUAUGGGGCACGCCCAUAUAAACGUCGAUCUCUCAACCCCCGUGAAAAUUUCAGUGGCUGAAGAUAUCAAGGCCGUUGAUGGAGGCAAUCUCGUUGCGCCUUGCAAGGCCCUAGGUACACCCAAAACAGAAUCAUUCUGGACGGAUAAAAAAAGAGUUUACUUAGGGAAUGAUGGUCGAGUAAGUUCAAAGAAAAAUGGUAACCUGGAAGUAGAUGGUGUACGAUUGGGUGAUCAAGGACGAUACUAUUGUACCUCGGCCCGUGAUGAUCCUUCUCAAGAUAAAGAAACCGGAGUAUGGCUGACCGUUUAUGAAACUGACACAAUCAGAAUAAAGGCCACUCAUAAGAAUGUUACCCAAGCGUUUGUGGGAAUGACGAUAACACUGCUGUGUGAGUUCGAGAGUGAGCCAAAGGUGAACAUCACCUGGAGCAGGAGAGACAUGAAGAAGCUGCCUAAAAGAAUGGAGUCCUAUGGCUCUUCACUGAAUAUACAUAAAGUGAGGCUUUCGGACGCUGGCCGGUAUUACUGCAAUGGAUCAAAUGGUUUCAAAUCGCUUAGAACUUUCAUUGAUUUGCUCGUGUAUAGUUCUAAGCUGUAUAGGCCAAGCAACGUAACAGUUUCUGAGGGUGACUCAGCUUGGUUGCAUUGCGCAGUCCGAGCAGAUCCUCCGCGCAUCACGAUCGCGUGGUUUAAAAAAGGACAAGGGAGCAAAAUGCUUGACAAGAAAAGGUUCCAUAUUGUUGCAAACGGCUCGCUGCACAUAACCAACGUUCAGCUUGGUGAUCAGGGGAAGUAUUUCUGUAUGACGAGCGCCAACAAAAAACAGAAAUACGGUACACGAUAUCUUUUUGUGAGAGAAAUCCCCAAACGUUAUACAGCCGGGCACAAGGAUUUUGGUGGUCGUUUUCUUGUGAUGAUCUUCGCGCUGGCAAUAAUAUAUACAUUAUAACUAUGACAUGCGCAUCAUCAAACACUUUCAUUUUGUUUUUUCGUUUGUUUGUUUUUUGCAUUGUAAGUGUUGCAUCUUUUAUAACGAUCUCAUUCUAGCAAGGAGCCGAAAGCGCGCAGGUUGUGGCUUCACUUGUAUUUUGGAAGAGCUAAAAUUGUUGUAUGUAAAUACAUCAGUAUGCAUUUUCGCCAGACUUUUCUCUAUGCGUUUCCUAAGAUGCUGACAAGAAGAAUCUGUUUAAUAAUCAAGAGUUGCUUUUGUAGGUGAUCAUGUCCUUUACCCUCAUGACCUUAAUGUGUGUUUCAGGGAUGAUAUUGUAAGGAGAAAUUAGAUGCUGGUCAGUCUAAGGGGUGGAAGGGUUAGAUGCAUUGUUUUGUACUGAAAACCCACCGACCAGAAUUUGCAUUAAAUUUUGCGGAAAUUGACUUUAAGUAAAAAGCGAGAAAAAGAAAAUAGUGUGAAGGGAGGAGAAAAUAAUUCUGUAAUUUUCUCUUGAUGAACAAUAAUGUCGUUGAACCAGUGGAUGUUUAAAAACUUUAUUAGGUAAACACGCACAUUAGAUUUUGAAAAAUUCAGUUUAUUCGGCAAGCACAAUAAUACAACAGGCAAGAAAUAAAGCCUUGAUCAGUGGAGCAGUGGGUCGAUCAGUGAAUCUGUGUUGAUCAUUACUGUAGCUCGAUCAAUAAAGCAACAAA